AUGAGGACUUUCCUCUUUCUCUUUGCUGUGCUCUUCUUUCUGACCCCAGCCAAGAAUGCAUUUUUUGAUGAGAAAUGUGACAAACUUAAAGGGACAUGCAAGAACAAUUGUCGGAAAAAUGAAGAACUUAUUGCUCUCUGCCAGAAGUCUCUGAAAUGCUGUCAGACCAUCCAGCCAUGUAGGAACAUUAUAGAUUAA